GACUGCGCAGCUGCAGCGCGAGAGCUCGAGCCGCACUGACAACACAGCUCUGACAAAAUGCCAAUGGAUAAUUUCAUAUUUGCGCAAUGCAUCCUUUAUUUUUUAGCCUUCGUCUUUGGCUUUAUAGCGAUAGUGCCUCUGUCGGAAAACACGGAGGAUUUUCGUGGGAAAUGUCUGCUUUUUACGCGGGGUAUGUGGCAGAACGAGAACAUCACGGUGUCUAAGCAGCGCUUCAUCAUUGAGGAAUGGGGACCACAGUCAUCCUGCAGCUUCAUCACCGCCGUCGGCAUCGCGUCCCUCAUCCUGUCCGCCGUACAAGCCUGGAGGCUGCUGCUCUUCAUCUGCAAAGGCCACGAUGACUCAAUCUUCAAUGCCUUCCUAAACCUGCUCAUCAGCACAUUCGUAGUGUUUGCUGUAUUCCUGUCCAGCACAAUAGUAAGUGUGGGUUUCAACCUAUGGUGUGAUGCCAUCACAGAAGGAGGCAGUAUGCCCAGCAGCUGUGAGGAUCUCCAGGACACAGAUCUUGAACUAGGGUUGGAUAACUCGGCUUUUUAUGACCAGUUUGCCAUAGCACAGUUUGGAUUGUGGGCGGCCUGGCUGACUUGGCUGGGUAUCACAGUCAUGGCCUUUCUGAAGGUCUACCAUAACUACCGUCAAGAGGAUCUGGUCGACAGCUUGAUCCACGAGAAAGAGUUCCUACUCGGACGCUCGUCACGCCGCUGCUCUGAUGUGGUAGAUGAGAAAAGUGGCAUGAUAUGAUCCACUCAACAUUUUGCAACGCAACAAAUAUAGAAAUUUUCCAUUGGCAUACUGUCAAGUAAAAUGUAUUCAUAAGCUUCUAAAUUUGGCUCAUUAGUUGGUGUUUCUCAAAUUUUGAUUGACCUCAGUUGAGCUUAACUGAGCCAAAUGCUUCUGAAUAACAUUUUAUUUGACAUUCUACGAUGACUGAGAAUAGACAUUCAUGUGCAUUCUGGACUGGAGAUCAUUUACCCACAACAUUUGAUGAUGUUGAGCUUAAAACACAAGACAAAAUUAACAGUGAACAUGACUAACGUAAAAGGACAAUUUGCUCAAAAAUGAAAAAAUGUGUCAUCAGUUACUCCCCGUCAUGUUGUUCCAAAUCCAUAAGAUAUUUUUAAUGAAACCUGUCCCUCCAGUGAAAGUUCAUGACAACAUUGUAAAAAAUAAUCCAUAUGAAUCAAGUGAUUAAUACAAGUCUUUUGAAGAGACAUUAUUGCUUUAUUUGAUGAACAGAUUUAAUUUAGGCUUUUAUUCACAUAUAAACAUUCAUCAACGCACAUUCAUAGAGCACAUCAAAAAAGUAAACGGAAGCUCAAAAUGAGAACCAAUGAACCAUAUUUGAUGUGAUAAAUCUAAAUUAAAUCUAUUAAUCAUACAAAGCAAUCAUGUCUUGGAUUAAAUGGCUCAAUUACUUUUAAUUACUAAGUUUUUUUGGCAUGGAUUUUCAAUGGAGUGACAGAAAUCUCUUCAUUUGUGUUUCAACAUGAACAAAAGUGUUAUGGAUUUGGAAUGACACGGUGCAUAAACAAUGACAUAAUUUUCAUUUUUCGGAGGAAAUAUCACUUGGAAGUGAUAAGGAAGUGUGCUUAAAUAAAUGUUCUUAUAAAUCCUGUGUGACAUACAAUCAAAGUUUUAUUGACAAUUAUGUUUUUACUCAACCAAAUGCUUUCCUUCUAAAGCCUAUUUAAAGCAGUUCUAGAUAUGAGCAACAGCUUCCAGUCAGUCUCUAUUCCAUCAGUGAUAUACAUUAGCUGAUUUAGUACAUUGUAUCUCAGGCAAUACUUGAUUUAAUACUAUUUGAAGUGUGUGUGAUCCAUUUCUGGUUUUAUUUACUUAAAGAUCAUUCCCUUCCAGUACUGCCUCUAUGUGUAAGACAUAUAAUCAUGUAUAUGACUGUAUUAGUAUCUUUCCUAUGUAAAGGGAUUUAAAACAUGCUUGCAUGUACAUAUAUGUUAUAAAAAAUAAACAGGCAGACAACAAGGAAGGCUCUAUAAAGAUAUUGAAGUGACUAAUCUGUCUUCAGAAUAUGACGUCACACUCUGAUGAAAUAUGAGAUUUGGAGGGAUAAUUUAAUGAUUUGCUUCAUACAGUUUACUUGCUUUCCUAUUAAGAUCUAAGUUUAUGCCAUUACACUCCAUUAUAUUUCACUAUGUUUUGAAUUAUUGUUGCGCAUGCUGUAAUCAAUUUUGAUGUAUGCCUUUUAUUUUUGGUUUAAGCAUCUUGCAAAUAGGAUUAUAGUUUAGUUUUGCAAGUUAAUGGUGUGUGAGCAUGAGUCGUGAUUCACUGUAACUCUGUAACACACUCAGGCCCACAGACAUUGUUUUGUGCAUCAUUUUAUUUAUUGUGUCAUAGUGUGAACACAUCUCCAUCAUUAUAGGCCUAUAUUUGUUUUAGGGCUUUUAUUUAAUAAAAGCAGUAAUAGCAGUAUAAACAGCAAUGAUGAUGGAAAUACAAAGCAAUUUGUGAUUUUUCUGAUCAUGAAAAUAAAAUUCAGUCUUUAAACUAGU